CAAAACGGCCAUUAGCAUUCCGGCUUCCUUCUGGGACACGCCUUAAUACUAUCACGAACGCGCCUUCUGUAAUUGGAGUGCGUUACUGUUCGUCUUCUGCGCCUUGGUUGUAAUCUGUACUCUAGCAGCGCUCCUUUGUCCUUUUUCAUCUCUUCUUCCUACGCCCUACUCCAGUCGACUUUGACAUCUUCAUCUUCGACCUUCUUCCAUCGUCCACCCGUAUCUGAUCGACCACGAGGCAUCUUUCUCUUAUCUGUCCACAACAACUAUACACACACCUAUAUAUAACUUCAUCAUGGAGGCCAUCGUGGAUCGCAGCGCCUUUACAUCCCCGGCUGUCAAGCGCCAUAUCCAGUCCAAGCGCGGAGCCAUUCGACGCCGCGGUGCCAACUAUUUCAUCAGGUCUACCGCGAAGCGCUUGGCCGAGUCUCCAAACCUCGCCUAUCAUCAGCUCGCCUACCCGUCCAGCUAUCCCUGCCUCACCGGUGCCAAGAAGGCCUGCCGAAAGGACGGAGGCCCCGUCGAGGGACCUCGUCCUCUCCGAUCACAGAUUGAGAAUGAUCUCCGUCAGGUCGUCUUCUCCCAUGCUUCGGCAACCAGGCGGGAGCACCGUGUGCCGAGGGUAUCACCUCGCAAAGAGGCAGACGAGGGCCGGGAGCUCGCCCGCAGCGCCGUUGCACUCCCAAGUGAUGCGCAUCGGCUUGUAAGACGGCCCAGCUUGGAGCGCGAGGAGGCUUUCCGCGUUGCAAGCACCGCCAAGGGCAAAGUUCACACUCGCGCGUCUCCCGAGAGCGACGAUGCGCAGGUUGCUGAGCUCUACAACCAGGGCCUGCUCUACGACGACGAGGAACAGCGCCCUGAGCAAGUCUUCAACCUCAACAGCAUCCAGCACGAGGACCCUGUGUAUACUAUUCGACCUGCAAAGCGUGGUCGCAGGUCAAAGAAGGGCGGCAAACCUGCUGCUCUCACACUCUCCUUUACCGACCUUGGCGACUACAGCGCCAAGGCCUCAACAUCUCACCUUUCAACCGCUGAUGACUCAACCAUCAGCGAGGCAUUCCCUCCUUUGAGGGUAGUCUACGAAGCCGACGCGUCAAAUCCAUCAUUUGAUGUGGAGACAUCUCAGCCUCCAGACUUGAUGAUGGACGACAGUCUCUCUGACUAUGACUGCUUCUCUGACGGCGAGCUUGACGACGACGUUCCUUCUCAGACGGAGGUUUUGGAAAACGCAAACAACCCGUCCGCAGAAACUUGGAUCAUGCUAGGUUGAUCGGCUCGUAGCAGGUCUGCUUAGGAUCCCCCCGUGCCCCGCCGGGAUUUGGAAACUGGACAGGUGGGAGAGCCUCACCUCAGACUGGUCCAUCACAUAAUCUAGCAUGAUUGCUUGUUUUCUGCGGGCGUUUUUUAUUGUCUUCUUUUUUUCUUACUAGGGGGAUAGAAAUGGAACGGAUUUUUCCGGGGAUUGGGAUAGAUAAGAUGUCUGUAUACUACAGCCUGCAUAGCGACUGGUGUACCGACAGAAUCCGUGAUGACACUUUAUACUCCUAUAUGGAUGGGCGGCGACGCGUUUCUUUCUUAGCUUCUUGUUUGGAUGAUUACGGACUUUGUCUAGCUAGGUGUUUUAGUCACUGAUACGAGUGUUGCCAUGGCGCGCACUGGAAUACUAUUACGAUUCUAUUCUCUUGCAAUUGAUUGUAAGCC